CCGCCAUGUUAGGGAGCGGGCAGGGGGCGGCGGGGCUGCCGUGAAGCCGGCGGACGCAGGGGGAGCAAUAGCGGCGGUGGGGAAGGGGCAGGGCGGUGCGGGAGGAAGAGCAGGCGAGCGCUAUCGCGCCCGCUCCUCGGCGGUGGGAGUGAAUGGCGGAUGCCGCGAUCCCCAGCGGUGCCGAGAUGGAGCCGGAACAGCAUCAACGGCCGGAGCAGAGCAGCGCGGGCCCCGGCGGGGAGAGCCGCAGAGCGCGGGCCGCUGAGGACAGCGCACAAAAUGGCGGACGCGCCGAGAGCGCCGGGGACGCGCUGCUGGCGGCGGCUGCUGCUGCGGGGGACACGGUCCCCACAAACGUCAGCGUCCCCAGCAGCAGCCAGCGCAGGAGCAGCAUCUCGGCGGCACAUGAGCAACAGCAGCGGCUGCAGCCGCCCGGCGGUGUGUCCGGGGGGCCUCCCCCCCUCCCAAAGCCCCCAGAAGACCUGGCUGUUGGGAGGAACUUUCAGAUCCCCAGGAAGAGCAGAGAAAAGAAAGCGCUCUUCCAGCCCGUGGCUGCGGGCUCGCGGGAGUUCGAGGACGUUGUGAAGAUUCUGCAUUCAUCUUACUUGGAGCCCAGUUCCGUGUCCAAUUUUAAUUACAAGCGAGCCAGCUUAGUCCAUAGUGAGCUGUUGGAAAAGGAAUUCACAGAAAAGCGCAGAGAGCUGAAAUCUGACGGUCGCCUAGAAAAGGAGCUUUCGGAGAGCUACGCGUUCCUGAUGGUCGAUCGGCCGCAGAUCCAAAGCAUAUGCGAGAAGGGGCUGCAGGUGGGGCACUCCAAAAUCGCUGUUCUUGGCAACCCUUGCAUGGGUGUGUAUGUCUCCAGGUAUGCUGAUCUGUUGCAGCCUAAUCCUCUAGAAGCUGGAGCAACUGGAGAUGUGAUUGUUUUUAAAAUAAUAAAGGGAAGAAUGAAAAGCGUCUAUGUCCACAUCGGUAUGAAAGCGCUGGAGGCGACAGUGAAGAGCGCGUUGGAUCCGACACCGAAGCACGAGUGUCACGUUUCAAAGAAUGCGAAUAAAGUAACCUCCUUGUUGGCUUAUCGAGCCUACGAACUUACUCAGUACUAUUUUUACGAGUACGGCUUUGAUGAGAUAAGGCGGAGACCAAGACAUGUUUGUCCUUAUGCUGUCGUUUCAUUUACUUAUAAAGAUGAAAUGAUGCAAGUACCAAAAUUCUUGCCCCCAUCAAGAUCAAACAGCUUCAACACAGAUAGAAGUACAGAUAAAUCUAACUAUACAUUAUGGAGGGGACAUCUUUGGAAUAAAGGCAAACUUUUGUGCCACGUUUCCAUGAAAUCUGCAGCAUGUCCUUUUCUUCCAUGCAAGCUUCCUGAGAGGCUCGAGGUUGAAAAAGUCAUGAGCAUUGAUCAACUGAAGAAGAAAAUUUCACCAGCGUUGUUGUAUAAAGAAACUUACGUAGCAGCAAAAGAAGUGUUGAAGAACGGCCUGUACUGCAGCCUUUACGAGGUCGUGGACAAGUCCCGUUCCGGUAGCCACUUGGAGGGUUUGCUGCAAAAACUGGAGAAAGAGAAACUUGUUCUUGUGAAACCACUUCUGGACAGAGGAUUUCUCUUCCUGCUUUCUCCUUGGCAGAUGGCAUCCCCUUAUGACCACCAAACCGGGCCGUCCCGCAUGCUCCAUGCCUUGUUUCUGUUUCCAGAACCCAGAGGUAUACGGAGCUCGACACAAAAAAGCGUUCCCUUUAGAACACAGAAAAAUUCAACCUCCGAAAAUGAGGAAAUCCUUCCAGAACUCACAAAGUUCAUUCAGUCUCUACAUUUUGCUUUAAUCCAGUCUCGUAAAGACACUACUGCAGAUUUCAAUGCUGUUGUGGAAAAGUAUAUCAAUGAGUAUUUGAAAAGAUGCUGUUUUGGCUCUGGAAGAUAUAGAGAAUUUGUCUUAUAUCAGUAUCAGUCACGGUUGGAUGACAAAAAAUUUCUUUAUGCUGCUCCAAAAAAUAAAUCUCAUAUUGACAGCUGCUUGCCGAACUAUAUUUUUGGUUGUGAGGCCUAUCAGCUGCCUGUUUCCAGAGCUAAGGAGCUGAUGGAGGGAAAUCGGAAACUUCAGCAGUUCAGUCCCAUCUCCGAUUAUGAGGCCCCAGAAGGAGACUCUGCUUUUGCCAACACAAAGAGCGGGAGGAGGAUCCGUGCAAAAUAUGAAGCUGCUGCUGCCAGGCAAAAAUGUUGUCAUUUUGGAGAUUACGAUCCCGAUAGGCUCAAAGAACUUAUCAACUUAAUCCAGUGCAGGAAAAAAAACGCAGGUGGAGAUUCUGAUCCUGAAGACGUUAGAAGUAAAAGUGGCCUGAAAAGGAAGCUGGAUAAACAGUCCGAAAAUUUACGGAAAUACUUAAGAAUGAGUGAAUCUUCAGACAGCGGUUGUCAGUAUGAAGGGGGCAGAACCUUGGACUCGCCUCACUCUAGUUUCUCACUUAACGCUGGUCUCGGUGGCCACGAUACCGACCUGAGGCAGCAAGACGUGGCCGACCCUGCUCUGACCGACCCGCACGGCCUCAUUAAACUGCUGUUGGAAACACUGGCUAGUGCGGGACACUUGGAUUCAUCGUUGGCACGGUCUGUAAACCAAGCUUUAGGAUUAAGCACUGAUGAAAUUGAAGAGGAUAUGAGGCAAAAAUAUGAAUAUGAAUCCAUUCCAGCACAGGACAUAGAUGAUCAUGAGCUCCCCAGCACUGCUCAGGCUGAGAACGUGGCCUUUAGGGACCCGCAGAGCCCCGUGCUGCUGGACGACGCCCUGUGCCUGCCCUACCCCGUGGAUGUCGAUCUGCGGCUUCCCACUAACGAAGCGGGCCUGGAACACGCGCUGCACUUAAAAGAAGCAAGCACUGGAAGUGUGAGUAGUUUUGAAGACUACAGUCCCUGUCCCAGCACACCGGUCGAACACGGUUAUCGCCGGCAACAUUCCAACUCCAAUAACGUAGGAGAAAGUGGAAUGCACUGGAAACUUAUUCCAAUUACAGGUCUGAAAUCACCAGAAGAACCACCGGUGUAUUUACCGCCAAAGGAUGCCUGUCCUAAUGACCCCCGCGUAGUCAAUCGACAGAGAAGUUCUGAUUAUCAGUUUCCGUUCUCUCCAUUUUCAGACACACAAAAGGGGACAGUGGAAGAUGGACUUUAUACAGGACAAGUGGAGAAACUUGAAGAUCAGUGUGGGCUAACAGAUCACCCUUUUACAGCUAAGCAUUCCAUUAGUGCAAUAAUAGAGACGACACUAUUAGAAGAAUAUAAUCUCUUUGCAAGAAAGAUCCAAGAAAUUUUGCAGCAAAAGAAUAUAGCGUAUGUUAGUGGUGUGUCCACACCGGUCUUCUCCGCCCGAGAGAGGAUCACGAGACUUUCUGAAUACAUGUGUUUACAGGCAUCAGAGGUUUCUGUCCAAGAAUACAUAGAGACACUGAGCGAAAAGCUGAACAGUGUUAUUUUGUCGUCGUCGUGCAUCAGGCCUAGUCCAACGCUUUAUUCCAGUCCCGAAUCGGCAGAGGCGGCGAGUGCCGCGCUGAACCCCCCGCCGGGCGCGGUGCCCGCGGGCAGGGCCGAGGCGGCAGCGCUGGCGGAGCCGCUGGGUCAUAGCGCGGUCCAGGACCCGGGUUUGAGCGAGCAGCGUUUGUCGAGCGCGCCCGCGGCGGAGGAGCACGCGGAUCAGGCCGAUGUUAAGAUGGAGGACGCGGUGAUGCCGGAUCAGAGCUCUGCCAGCCCCGGUCUGGCCGAGCCACCGGAAAAGACUCACAAAUCCCCAGAGAACGUAAACCUUUCCACCCAACCGGCCUUUUCUGAUCUCAUAAGCCAGUUAAAACCUGAAGUAUUUAACAGUUUGGUCAAAAUUAUUAAAGAUGUGCAGAAAAACACGGUGAAAUUUUAUAUUCAUGAAGAGGAGGAGAGCGUUCUCUGCAAAGAAAUUAAGGAAUAUCUUACGAAGUUAGGGAACACCGAGUGCCAUCCCGAGCAGUUCCUGCAGAGGAGAGCUGCCUUAGACAAACUGCUGAUCAUCAUCCAGAACGAAGACAUCGCCAACCUCAUCCACAAGAUACCCGGCUUAGUGACUUUGAAGAGGCUUUCGUGUGUCAGCUUCGCCGGCGUCGACAGUCUGGACGACGUGAAAAAUCACACGUACAACGAACUGUUCGUGUCUGGUGGUUUCGUUGUGUCGGAUGAAUCCGUCCUGAAUCCAGAGUCGCUCACCACAGAUAAACUAAAGGAGCUGUUGAAGUUUUUGGAGGGUCUCAGUACCCCAGAUGGGAAGUGGCAGUGGAAAGUCCACUGCAAAAUACACAAGAAACUGAAGGAGCUGGGCAGGAUGAACACGAACGCGCUGAACCUGCUGAGCCUCCUCAACACCUACCAGAAACAGCACCUGGUUGAGAUUCUCUCGUACCACAAUUGUGAUUCGCAGACUCGAAACGCUCCAGAAUUAGACUGUCUGAUCCGGCUCCAGGCACAGAACAUACAGCAGAGACACGUUGUCUUCUUAACAGAAAAGAAUCUCAAAACACUUUCAAGUUACGUUGAUAAUGGGAUAGUGGUUGCUACUGUUGAUGACUUUAUGGAAAAUUUCAAAAGCCUCAUUGGGUAUCACAACUCGGUGACUGAAGAGAACCCUCCUGCGGGCCAGGCUCACCCGAGAGGAUCAGAUGCUGUUUUGACAUUAACCCCUUUGGAGCUGGGAGUUGGGAUUUCCCACACUAAACACGAGCAGAAGCUUUUAGCAUCGGAGUAACUGGACACACACAGAGGGUUAAGUGUGCAUGUUGAGUAAGUGAACAGAAGACCAAGACUUAAGGGAUAUUGGACUUGCAGACCUGAAGCGUAACUCUGUGAGUAGCGUACGGCUUUUCUAACCAGACUUUGUAUUUCAAUAGGAUAGGACUUUCUCUCUUUUUUAAUGUAGUUCUUGUAGAAAGUGAUGAAAAGGAUGAGGAGGACAUGUCGCUGGAUUCGGGGGAUGAAACAGCACAAAUAGAAAUCUGCAAUGAUGCCUCCGAGCCUCACGGGGAAGCUCUGCAGCCAGAGGCCAAGGGCUCCCACGGAGCAGAGGCCAAAGAACGCGGCUCGUCGGUGACAGCGUCACCUCCUGACGCACAAGUCGCCUCGAUGGAAACUACUAAAAUGGACGUGAAAGAAAUACACCCAAUUACUCCGGUUUCUACAACGUGCUCUGCUGAAGGAGAAAAACCCACCUCGGUUGAACAAACUCCUUUCAGUAACUUCCAGGCCUACAGCAGCCAGCUGAACAUGUCCCAUCGCUUCAGCCACUUCAGCGUCCUCACCCACCAGACGUUCCUGGGCACAACGUACCGAACUUCUGCCGCCGCGCACGCCCAGGACGGCGGCAACUACUUCCUGUCCGCCUACAGUCGGAGCGUGGGCGCGGACGCUCCUUGUGACCCUUCCAGGCCACACUCCAACCAGAAAUAACCUCUGAGGUUUCUUUUUCGAAGUUGCUCUGGACUUUCCUGUUUCUAAACUGGCAGAUUAACAGUUUCUAUUUUAUUCCAGAACAAAGUUUCUUGUCCUUUAUCUCAAACGUUUUCUUGUCUUAUUUAAAUCCUGAUGGCCUGUACCUGUUGAAAGCAUCUGAAAGUUGAAAUAAAUAUAUAUAUUUUUUAACAUUUACUGUACUUGAAUUAUCUUGUUUGUUGGCACUUUUAAGUUUCUACAUUUGUAUUUGACCUGUACCUGGGUCUGUUUUAAUGUAAAACCGAAUGUUUGCCUAAAAUAUGUGAAACAAUGAGGUUUUUUUUAACUGUAAGAGUAUCCAAAUCACUUUUCUUUACAUAAAUAUCAAAACUUCUGUAUUUAUUUGACACGAGUUUUGUACAAGUGUUUUUACAUAGCCCUGAGGCAGUGUAGUUAUUUCAAUGACUGCUGGAUUUUGGCUAAAUACCUCAGUUGGAGUUACCAAUGGUGCAGUUCCAUGACAAACAAUAAACUCAGCUCUUGAUGCACAAGGGACUUGCAAAGA